CUUCGGGGCAUUUCUGGAGUCUGAAAACAACGCAGGCAGAGUCUGAAACACGUCGGCGGCGGAAAACCAGAAACACCAGUUCUGAGGCUGAUGGUGUCAUUGGUUGUCAGGUGCAGAAAAGCAUGCAGCCUCGUUAUCAAAUCGCUGUUCUGGUGAAGACGGUGGAGCGACUCGGAUCCCUGUGCAGGUGGAAUUGAUCAAAAUGGCUAAAAGAGACAGGAGCGCAUCAGGAGGUGCUGUGUUUUACAAGUCAAUCACAAAUGCACAAGAAAUCAGGUCUGGAUACUUGACCAAGUCUCCUCCUCCAAGGCUUUUGAAGUCAGAGUGGAAGAGGCGUUUCUUUGUGCUUUACAAAACCCCAGAGAACGACUAUCAGCUCAGGUACUACAGGAAUGGAGAGGACCGGGUGAACCCGCUCGGAGGCAUAGACAUGACGCAAAUCUCACUGUUGUAUGCGAACCCUCAACAUCACCAGAAAUGGGAGUGGGUCCAGAAGAGUUUUAAAUGCUCCCCGUCGUGUGUGGUGUACCUCAGGGCAGGGAACCGGGACUACUUCCUCAUUGGGGAAAACAGCUCGGAGGCGGAUGGCUGGUUCACUGACCUGUUUGAAGCCCUGAAAAGUCGCCCUCAUAAAUUUCUCAAAUCAGAGGAAAUCAGCAACGGGCAGCCAGUCAUUGAUACAAUUUCAAACCCGCUUCACCGGAGAAAGUUUUCUGCCCCAGAGCUAAAGGUGCCUUUCCUUGCAAAGAAAGAAGAUGAGAACGAUGCCAGCAAAAUCGAUUUGCCAUCCUCAUUACUGAAGGCUAGGUCCUUUUCGGACCCUUCCUCCAAAGCUGCAAACAGGAACACUGAAGAACUGGUGGAAGAUAAUUCCAGGAGACCGACCUCUGAGCCUUUAAAUCAUAUCUAUGACUAUCCCAAGUCAUACCGGAAGAGAGCCAGUGUACAUCGGGCAGGCAGCAUGGAGUCACUGUAUGAAUCAAUGGCCGAAUUCAAAAGCAUCCUGAACGCAUCUGAGCCAAACAAUCAUGAAGCUGAAGUGAUUGUUAACGGCACCCUGAUGAGGUCCAUCACUGACGUCUACACCAAAUACAAGGCAGAGGAAUCUCCAGCUCCGAUAUUACAGGAGGCACCUGCUGAAAAUGGAGAAGACAAACGUCAGUCUUCAGAUUUCAGCACCAGCUCCAGUGGCGCCGUUUCACCUGAUAUAUUGGAGACGAAUUCGGAAAGACGAGGCUCCGAUCGGAGCCUUGACGGCGCCGUGGUAGAGAUGAGGGAGUUCAUGGUGAAUCUGCAGGGCUUGAAGAACGAUCUCACGCUCACAGAGGUGGACGGAAAGCCGAGUGUGUCUGGAUGGACUGGACAGCCGCAGUCCGUCUGCCUCUUCCACAAGGGAGACCGAGUCGUGGCGAUAAAUGACCUCCACACCGACAGCGUGGAGGACUUCCACAUGUUCAUCAGGAAGUCGAUGAAGGAUGAGGUGAAAGUGACGGUCCAGCGUCAGCGUGGAUGCCAGGCUCUGCAUUGGUCGAACUCUCCCUGCAGUGGCUGAGGCACAGACUGAUCACUGCGGACGACUUCAGGAUGAAGGAUCUCAUGUGUCAGAUGUGUCAAACUCAAGGCCCGGGGGCCAAAUCUGGCCCGCCACUGCUUCUCAUGUGGCCCUCUAGACUCUAAAGUGACACAUGAUAGAACCGUGAAGAUAACAGUAGGCUUAAAUGUUAUUUUAUCGAUCAAUUCAAAGCAAUUUUUAUCUGUUUACUGUCAAAUUGCAUCAAUUAGUCCC